UCAGUGGAUAUGAAUUUAAGCCAUUCACAGGAACAAUGUUUAUCACCACCAUUAAUUUCCGAGGAGGAAUUGACAGAAGCAGAAUCAAAUAAACCAAUCACUUUAAAUAAUUUUCCACCAUCGAAAAAGUUUAAAUGUACACCAGAUUUGGAAAAAGCAUCAACUCCUUCCACAACGAAAAUUUAUGACUUGAAUGAAAACAAUAUUUCAGGAACUUUAGAACCACCAGUUUUAGAACCCUCACAAUCGUCUCCAAUCUGUGACAAAUUGCAGCAAACUGACUUGGGAAAGGAAAGAUUAUUAAUAAAGCAUGAUCAUGGCUACGAGAAUUCUCCUAAAACAACCAAGAGGAAGCUUUUAAGGCAGCAGCGAACAAUAAAAAUCUUAAAACAGAAUUCCCGCGUACAGAAGCAGCACAUCUUACGCCUUAAAAAGCGUAUUACCUCAUUGAAAGAUAUCUUAUUAAACAUUUUAACUACUGGACGUGUUACCCUCGAAGAAAUCUAGAAAACAUUGGAC